CACCAUCCUCUUAGCACCUGCUUUGAGAUAUUUAUAUGCAUUAAAGAAAUCCCCUCUCAGUCGUCUCUUCUCCAGACUGAACAGGCCCAGCUCCUGCAGUCUCUCUUCAUAAGGAAGAUGCUUCAGACCUCAAAUCACCUUUGUGGCCUCCUCUGGACCACUUCCAGUAUCUCCGUGUUUUUCUUGAGCUGUGGAGCUCAGAGCUGAACACAGCAGAUCAGAUUCGGCCUCACCACGGCUGAGCACAGGGGGCAGGAUCACCUCGACCUGCUGGCAGUGCUCUUCCAAAUGCAUCCCAGGAUUCCGCUGGCGUGGGUGCCACGCAAGGGCACACCGCCGGCUGGAAGAGCGGGCCGGCAGCAGCCUGUGAGAAAUCGGGGACAAAGGACCCGUCCCAGCGCUCGGCGACUCGAGCAGGCCGCGCUCCCUGCCCGCCGCCGCCCCCGCGCGCGGGCUCUCUCGCGACCCGCCCCUUGUCGCGCCCCCGCCCUUCCGCGCCGGCCCCGCCGCCGGCCGCGCGCACGGCGCGGAGUGCGGCCCGGCCCCGGCGGCGGCGGCGGCGGAGAAAUGGCGGCGGCGGCGCGGCGGUGUCCGGGCGGGCGGUGGGCGCUGUGCCUGUGCCUGUGCGCGGCGCUGCUGCCGCGGCCGGCACGGGGCCUCACCGACCGUCUCUACUGUGGCCGCCGAGUCUGCUACGAGGUGCUGGGCGUCAGCCGGCAGGCCAGCAAGGCGGAGAUCGCCCGCGCCUACCGGCAGCUCGCCCGGCAGUACCACCCCGACCGCUACCGCGGGGAGCCCGCGGGCGGCGAGGGCAGCGGGGCGCAGGCGGCGCACGAGAAGUUCCUGCUCAUCGCCGCCGCCUACGAGACCCUCAAGGAUGAGGAAACACGUAAAGAUUAUGACUACAUGCUGGAUCAUCCUGAAGAGUAUUACAGGCAUUACUACCACUACUACCGCAGGAGACUGGCACCUAAAGUAGAUGUCACAAUAGUGAUCCUAGUUACAGUGUGUGCCAUCUCCGUGUUUCAGUUCUUCAGCUGGUGGAGUAGUUACAAUGAAGCUAUCAACUACUUAGCAUCUGUGCCAAAAUACCGUAUACAAGCUACUGAGAUUGCCAGGCAACAAGGUUUACUCAACAAGACUAAAGAAAAAGGCAAGAACAGGCGAUCUAAAGAAGAAAUUCGUGAAGAGGAGGAAGAAAUUAUCAAAGACAUUAUUAAAAAUAAAAUAGAUAUAAAGGGUGGUUAUCAGAAGCCCAAAAUAUAUGAUAUCCUCCUAUUUCAGAUCCUUCUUGCUCCUUUUUACUGGUGCAAAUACAUAGUUUGGUACUGUUGGUGGAUUUAUUGUUUCACUAUUAAAGGGCAAGAGUAUGGUGUGGAAGAGAAGUUGUAUAUCAUACGAAGGUACAUGAAAAUGUCUCAGUCUCAGUUUGACAGCCUGGAAGAUCAUCAAAAAGAGACCUUUCUUGAACGGCAGCUUUGGAUACGAGAAAACUAUGAGUAGCCCUGGUGGAGAAACUAAUGUUGGUUAUCCAGCAAUCCCAGAGCAAUAAUAACAGUGUGCUAUUAUGGUAGGUUGAAGACUAUUGUCUGUUCUCUGAACAGUAAUAAUUUUUAAUAAGAAUUACCCAGAUUGUCUGAAAUUCCUAUUUCAUCAGUCUUAUAAGCUGUUAAUUCCUGGCUCAGACUGUUUAGAUUGGUUGUUUGUUAUUGUUUUGGUUUGGUUUUCCCAUCUGUCCUUUGAUAGUUCUUUAGCCUUUGGUGAGUCAUAGACUAUUCUUGCAGCGCUGUAUACCUAUUCAAGUAGGGAUGCCAUAAAAACCACCAUUAGGCACAACUUCUACUCUUGCCAUGGAUAGUCAAUAAAUUAAUAGUCAAUACUCGACAGUCACUAUGUAAUUUUUAAAAAUUCUGUGAGAGCAGAGAAAGAACAUUAGCCACAGCAUGGAGUUUGCAGUACAGAAUUAUUUGGGAUGGUGGGGCAUGGCAGGUUGACAAAACCCUUCUGUUAUUCCAAAUAGGUGCAUCUGUGGGCCAUUUGAAUGGGAGCUUUCUAAAGAAAAACAUGAGAAUGUGAACUUAGUCUGCUUAGGAGGAAAAUGAGUUGGUGCUGCUGUUCUGCAUAUGCUGGGAAAAGAGAUGGGAUGAUGGCAGGACACCAAAGAUAAGAGUGUUUUCUAUCAAAGCCAUCCUAACUGAGCACAUAUACAUACCUGGCAGCUAAUCCUUUCCUUACAUUAACACCUCUUUUACCAUUUUCCUCUUCAAGUUUGUAGAGCAAUCUACCCCUGCCUGCUUUGGAAGAAAAAGUCUGAAGUCUAAAGACUGAGUAAUGCUGUUAGUUAAAGCAGAUGUUAAUAUGGAAAAAGAUUGGAUGGACAUUCUGUAGUAGAGAAAAACUGCCCUGGCUUCUCAUCCAUGCAGUUUUUAACUAAGGAUGUUUUGGUCACUGAAUGUGAAAGAACUGUAUUUGCCACAAGUGAAGUCUUUUUAGCUCACACUUGUCUCCUGUGGUGGCCAGCAGUUCAUUUUCCCUGGCAAAUACAUGACAACUGCACCUAUAUAGUAAUAUUUAUCCAACAUAUUUUGUGGCUUUGUGACUUUCUGAAUAGGAAAUGGUGUCUUUGUAGCUUUAAUGAGUUUUACCUGGUCACUUGUAUGCAUUGAAGUUUUCAGUCUCUGCUGUGCCCUCUGGUCAUGAGUUCAUCAAUACUUGUAGAAGGUGGUAGAAGAGGACUUCUUUGAAGCCGCCUGAACUCCUGCUCAUUCCAGUAUUACUGGAAAUGGAGAAUAAUCAUGCUUUAUUCUGUUCUUGUGCUAGCUGUGCUUGUGUACCAUUGCCAUAUCCUUACUUGAAACACAGUAAUGUAUUUUCUAGGUUGAAAAAUAAUGCUGUAGUGUUUCUCCCCAAAAACUUGUCUGUUCCUUCAUCACUGGAGAUGUCUGUGUACAUAUUGUUCAGCUUUCUGGUGUUUUAGGAUGGGAAAGACCAGGAAUUCCAUAUACAGGGGCAUCAUAGAGCUCUACAAUAUUUUUACUAUUUCCUAAUGAUUCUUAAAACCUUUAUGAUCACUGAGCAUUGAGUUUGCGAUUUCAUGUAGCUAUCCAUAAUAUAUUUUAAAAAUCUUGUUCAUGCAUAGUGGAACUCUAAAUUUUAUUUGCCUUUGAGUCAGACUAAGUCACAUGACACUGAGAUGAUAAAAUCAUGGAUGGUUUUGAGAUUUAUGCUGGCUGCAUCUACAUAAACUGCCUUCCAGAAUAAAAAUGCAGAUAUUGUUGCAUUUUUGUAGCUUUUUUUUUUUUUUAAGAUUAUUGGCUUUGCUGAUGACUGUAGGUUCCAUUGAAGUGACAGAAUAUUUCUUCACAGAAUAUAAUUGUUUAUCUUCUAGUACUGUAAAUACUGGAUACAGAGAUAUUUGAGAUAUUCUCAACUUUACUUGGGAACAAAAAGUUCCAUAAUGGUAUUCUGUUAGAUGAUGACUUUAAAAAGGGAGAACAGCUAAAAUGAGGAGCUGAACAGCUGCAUUGAACAGUAUGUCUGCUGAAAGGGACUCGCGAGGUUAGCUUUUCAGAACAUGAGCAGUUGCUUACUGUGUAUUUUGUUGAAUUUGUUGAGCAUUUACUUCUCUAGCAAAAAAAGUGGUUUGGAGCUUACACAAGGUUGUUCUGCUCUCAGCAAAAACACAAAGCAUCUUGGGCAGUAAGUAGCAGGUUCUUGGGCUGCAGGUGCUCCAACAUUUCAUGUUGGUCAGGGUCUGCUUCCGCAGAAUUGCUUCUGCAAUCCAGUCUUUUGUAAGGAAAAUAAGCUGGAAAACGAUUGAAGAAUAAGCACUUAGACCCCACUUGACGCUCAGUUAAGCUGUUUCUUCAUCCUUAUUAAAAACUUUUCUCUGUCU